UUACGUUGGUUCGUUCUUGUUUUUUUUUUCUUCCUUCUUUUUUUUUAUUAACUCGAAAACGAUGUUUAAAUACCGUGUGAUCGUGAAGCUGCGUCGACGCAACAAAGUCGAGUAGUGAACACACACGCACGCACACGCACGCACAGGAGGCAGAGAGAAGAAGAGAGGCACCUGUGGGACAUUUCCAGCUGCAUAUGCGUGAUAUAAUAAAUUAAUGAAUUGCGAGGCGAUAAGAGCGACGAGCCGACGACGCAGAAGAAGAAGAAGAAAAUUCAUCAGCGACGAGUGACGAAUUUUUUUGUGAUCGUUGUUUUGAAAAAUUAAAUAAUCACAUGUGAGGAGGAGGGAAUAAAAAUACGAGUGCGGAGAGAGGAAGCAAAGAUCACGCAGUUAUCCGAAAAGUGCGAGAGACAGCUUUUUUGGCUUCGAUCUUUUGUUUUUUUUCAUACUUGCUUUAUAUUUUAUAAUUUUCUCUCCUCUGUGUUCGAGGAUCCGUCCUGUCAGUUCGAAGAAACGGUGCUACUUACUACUUUGUGUUAUAUGGUGAAUAAAAAUAAAGAGAGAAUAGCACGAGCGGAGAAGUGAACUUCCGAAAACUGUAGUACAUACGAGAGAGGAUCGUCGACAGAGAGGGAGAGAGCAAAAAAGCUCCUCUCCAGAGAAACACAGUUAAAAAAAAAUAAGUGCGCGCGAACUUCGAUACAAAUAAUCCAAGAUGAGGAUCAAAAUGCCAGCAGUGAGGAUCGCUCAAGCGGAAACAUCGCAGAGCGGCGGCGGCAGCGGCAGUGGAGUCGUCGUCGGUAGCGGCAUUGGCUCCACGAACGUCGCCACGAGCCUGGACUUCGUCACUUGCGGCGGCUGCAGGGCCUCCUAUCCGCUGGAACACAUCGUGCGCUUCAUCGAGCACAAGGUCAAUCACUGCCGGAGCUCGCUGCCCGGCUGCCAGAGUCCCUCGGCGCUGGCGAAUCACGCGCCCGAGGACUCGGACCCGGAGGACGCUCUAGGUCUCAAAACUGGUGGUGCUGGUGACCCCACAACGACACAGGGCACGGGGACGAUAACGACGGGUGGCACGUGCGGCGCGUCGAGUACGGAAAAAUUGACGGCAGUGCCGAGCAUCUCGGCGCCCAUCAUCAAACGCUCGUCGUCGGCCCGAGCGCUCGACAGUCCGCCCACGUCCCAUCAUCAUCAUCAUCAUCAUCAUCAUCACAGUAGUAGUCAUCAUCACAGCGGCGAGUCGGGAGGAAGUCCGAUCGAGCUGAGGGCUAAUGCGAGCUCGACGCCCAAGCGAAGAACGGGACAGGACGCGAGCCUGGAGGACGACAAGGACUGCAUCGAGGCGCUGAAGAAGCCCAAGACCGAGUCCGUGGACGCCGACACGAAUACCAUCAGUAACGAACCAAAGUGGCUGCGAUGCACGCAGUGCGGCGCGCGCUCCUCCACGGCCUGGGAGCUGGUGCAGCACGUCCAGAGCCAGCACGGCAUCCGGCUCUACAGCAUGAACUCGUCGGCGAGCUCGUCGUCCAACACACCGGCGCCGUCGCCGCCGACGCCCACGCCCACCCUGGCCGGCGGCGGCCCUCAUCCGGUCUCGUCGCAGAGCAGCAGCGGCAGCCACCACCUCAGCCCGCUGAAUCAUCUGAACCUCAGCGGCAAGUCGACGGGCAGCUCCUCGGCGGCGAAUUCGUCGGGAGGCGGCAGCAGCACGGGAGCCGGUGGCAAUAAUACCAGCGGCAGCAAUCGCCAACAGCAGCAGCAACAACAAGCUCAAAUAACUACAGGACCACUGAACGAUCCGCUCAGCAGCUUCCUCCGGCUACCCCACAACCUGGAUCGCAGCUUCCCGGUUCCCCCGAUGUUCAGGCCGGAGUUCCUCGGGAUCAAUCCCCUGGGCUUCCGGGGCAUGCAGGACCUGCAGCAGGCGACGCGCAAUCUGCAGAGCCUCGGCGACCCGCUGCGCGGCAUCGACGGCCUCCAACUCGGCGACUCGCUGGUGCGCAGCUCGAUCGACUCUCUGAACAACGCGCGCAACAUCGCCAAUCUCGCCGAGCUCACCUCGGCGGCGCAGCACGCGGCCCGCGCCCAGCAGCAGCAGCAGCAGGCCCAGGCCCAGCACCCGGGCGGCCCCGCCGGAGCCCCGCCGCCGUUGGACACGAACCUGGAUUUUUACUCGGCGCGCCUAAGGAGCCUCGCUAAUACGUCCUUAGGCGCGGCUCCGAAUAACGCCUCGGUCCAGGUAGCGAGUAACAAUAAUAAUAACAAUGGUGGCGCUGCGAUAGUGAGUAGCGGUAAUGCCCAGAACGGCGUCGAGGCGCCGAGUCCCGGCCCGCGGGAACAGCGGGAUCGAGAACAACAGCAGCAGCAGCAGAGAGAACAACGUGAACAACGAGAACGAGACCAGAGAGAACGAGAGCAGUCAACGAAGGAGACGACGCCGCCGGUGAAUUACGCGCAGAGUCCGCUGCCCGGCGAACGACACCACAACAACAACAAUUCCACGGACAGCGAGAAGACCUCGCCGCCGGUGACGACGUCCACCCCCAUAAUCGGCGGCGGCGACGGCAGCCAGAUGAUCGGCGACCUCGCCAUCUUCGCCUGCGACGUGUGCGAGAAGAGGUUCCGCUUCCACGGCAACAUGGUCAAGCACCGCAAGACCCACUACGUCAACACCUCGGCCGAGACAUGCCUGCUGCGCUGUCAGAUCUGCGAGGCCGAGCUGCAGGGCUACGGCGAGCUCAAGCGACACAUGCACAAGGAGCACCAGGAGCCGAUGAGCCCCCAGGGCAGCGUGGAGACGGUGCCCGACGACGACGACGCCAGCAGCUGCGACGAGAACAUGGACCUCGACGAGGACGGCAUGAUAGUGAAGCCCGAGGAGGAGGAGAACACGCCCGAGGACCUGUCGACGACGCAGACGCAGCUCAACGACGUCGACGGCAAGAUCGGCGUCGACCCGGGCAAGAUCAGCCUCGUGGGCGACAUAAUGGAGCAGAUCGGACUCAGCAAUAUCGCGCAGUACAACGAGGCCUAUCGCCAGGCGCUCCAGGAGAACCACCACCAUCAUCGCUCGUUAGGUGGCCACUUUGGGAAAAACGAGCCCAACUCGCUCGCUCAACCCACUCACACGCUCAACAACAACAAGGAGAAGGACAGCAGCGCGCUGUCGCCGACCAACUUCAAGGCCGCGGCGAAUCUGUUCUCGGGCCAGAGCCCCUUCCCCAGGGCGGCCGGUGUGCCCAGCGAGUUCGGCCUGUGGCCGCUGGGCGCCGCCGCCGCGCACUACCUCGACACGGCGGACUAUCGCAAGGCCGCGGCCAAGGCGGUGAGCGCCCAGAGCCUGCACAGUCUGCAGGCGAGCCUGCAGCAGGCCAGCCCGCAGAUGAUCAAGAAGGAGCGCGGCCACGGACGCAACGACACCUGCGAGUUCUGCGGCAAGGUGUUCAAGAACUGCUCGAAUCUCACCGUGCAUCGGCGAUCGCACACCGGCGAGAAGCCGUACAAGUGCGAGCUGUGCACGUACGCCUGCGCCCAGAGCUCCAAGCUGACGAGGCACAUGAAGACUCACGGCCGGCACGGCAAGGACACGUACAAGUGUCGCUUCUGCGACAUGCCGUUCUCGGUGCCCAGUACCCUGGAGAAGCACAUGCGCAAGUGCGUGAUGGCCGUGCAGCAGGGCCAGAAGAUGAUGGGCGGCGGCGGAGGUGGGGUCAUGUCGUAUCCGGGCAGCCAGGACGAGGACUCGUCGUCGGUGAGCGCGAAGGACACCUGAUCGUGGCCGGCGACGCAGCCGCAGCAGAGUCAGCCUGGAGGAUCGUCGAUGCCGAUUCUAGCGCCGACGACUACUACUACGACGACGUCGCUCAUCUGGCCGCAUCAUCGGCCGCCCUAUCCGGUCUACUGAAGUCUAUAUAUGGGAAACCGGCUGGACGAUUUUAUAGAGAAAGAGAAAAAAAGUGCAGAACGUAACGUAACGCAUAUUUAUAAAUAAAUAAAUAAAUGUAUGUACGUAUGAUAGGCAACGAGAACCAAAAGUAACUUCGCGAGUAUAGGAAGUAUAAUUGCAUCGAGGCACGGAGCUCUGAAACAGCUCCUGUCAGCCCUUCGCGCGAUUACGUGCAUGAUUUUUACGAGGGGCGAACGAUUAUGGCCAGUCUACGACGAUCGAAGUUCGAGAGCGUGGCGCGCGUUGAUUUUUUUCAGAAAACGAUACUUGCAACGAACACGACUUUGCGAAAUCGACGCGACGCGCGAUCGUCUUUUUCGUCGCUCGAUAUAUAUAUAGUACAUCGUUCACUUACUAUAUCUAUUUGCAAAAAAAAAAAUAAACAAACAAACAAAUCUUAUAUUUAUGGUUACCAGUGUACUGGGAAGCUCGAGUUCGCGUACCUUCAAAAAUGCAUAUAUAAAUAUAAAACGUAGGAUAAAAAAGUACGUGGGUACUUACGAACGUGCGUGAAUGGAGAAGAAGCGCGCAUCCGACGCGAGAUGAAUGAGAGAAGGGAGAAAAAAAAGUAUAUCAUAGUCGACAGAACCAUAACAGAUGAUUAUAUAUGUAGAUGAAUAUAGUAUACUAUAUAUAUAAAUAUAUAAAUAUUAUAUAUAAUACAUAAACUAUGUGAAAAAGUUGCUGUGCGUUUGCGUGUGAGCGUGAGAGAGCGAGUAUGCAUCGGACGAACGAAAGUGAGAAUAAAAAAAAAUAUAUUACAAAUAUAUUACAAAAAAUUAUGUAUAUUAUUAUAAAUGUAGUCCGAGAGACGAGGAGUACGAGGAGGACGAGGAGAUGACGUAUACGCGAAGACACGGCUGAUUUUAUUUAUUUAUUUUUUUAAUCAUCAUCAUCAUGCAUUCGUAAUAUCGUUAGUGAUUAGGCUUACGGUUGAUUGAUUCGGUAAACUAGUACGUGUAUCAAACAUACUGUAAUUAUAUAUGUCGAUUGAAAAAUUGCACGAGCGACGUGUACUUUUUUUUGGUCUUGUAAUUUUUGAUAGCACACGCCACACGCGGUUCUCAAUAUGUGGCUCGAGCGCGUCACCGGGAGGGGAAUGAGAUUCGAUUUUUUUCAUUUCUAUAGUGGCCAGUCGAGAACAUUUUCGGAUAUAAUAAAAUUAUUACGCCCCGAGGUAUUUGCGUGAAACUUGUAAAUUUGUCGCUGUAUUUUGUAUUAUAAAUUUGAUGAUUUCAUUAUUAUUAUUAUUAUUAUUAUUAUUAUCAUUAUUAUUAUUA